GUCGCCGCCCGCGGCCGCGCCCGCCCGUCGCGCAUCCAGCGGCGCGACGUGGACGACCCACAGACGCUGAAGGAGCGCUCGUCCAAGCACUGCGACAAGUUCACCGACGGCGACCCCGACAAGAACCGCUUCUACUCGCCGCUCUACGGCACCAACUACCCCAACUCCACCGACUGCUACCGCAUCCUCGACGGUAAUAACUCGAGUGCUUUGGAUAUUGCCGAUAAAUUCCCGACUCGUGAAACAAUUAGGGAUUUAUCUGAGAAUAUUCAAAUCGUGAAUGGUAUUUAA